GCGGGCACGAAUUUCUAUAAAAGGAAUAUUUAGCUAUUCAAAUAUUCUUUCUAUAUAGAACGGUGUGCACAAACUUAUGAGUCAUUGAAUGAUCGUGACUAGUGUGGGAAAGCCCUCCCCCCCUCUCUCUCUCUAUUCAUCUGACUCGUCAGAAUAAGGCGUGUGAGUCACAUGAACGAUUUUUAUACAACUGACAAGUCGAAAACGAAUCAAACUAUAACAAGCGUUGAGUGCCGACAAUGAUGAACCACAGCGCAAUUAAUUCGUUCUUGAAGACGCCCGACUACAGUUUGUAUAGGGAUCAAGUAAACAACGUUAUGGCUCAGUUUAAUAUGUGGAACGAUUGCGAACAAACUGUAGCACUAUUCAAGCUAGUCCAUAGUAUGAGGCCUACUCACGCACGCCUUCUAUGCAGAACUCUUGAACAAUCACUGAAUAAUGAUGAGGCUUUAAAGAAAAGUGACGAGGAGGCAAACGAUUCCGCCUACUUGAGGCGACUUGCCCAGGAAACGGAUACAGCAGGGGCUUUGAGAAAUUUACUGGCUCAUAUUCCUCUUCUCCGUCCCGGUUUGAAAGAGGUCAAACAAGAUUAUAUUUGUCUUAUAAAACGCCUAAUGCAAUUGGCCGCUCACGAAGGACGUCAGACGGAAGAAUGCCGCCAAUUGGCUAUGUAUCUUGUCUUGCACCCUGCUCUCACCCAGACCGAGAUUCAAGAGUUUAAGACCUGGUAUUCAGAUCUGGAACAACAACAGCAGCUAAUGUCGAUUCGGGCCCCAAACGUGACAUCUAACGACAAAGAAGAAAAUACCAGCAGUUGGCCACCAAGCUCUCUAGGAGAUUCCGGACUUGAAUUAAAUUACAUAGUUGAUGAUAAUACAUAUGGCUCAGCUUGGACACAACAUAGGCCCCUCGGCUAUUCAGGCAGUAUGGGCGUAACCAACAAUGUUUCAACCACUCGUUUUAAGUUGCAAACUAUUGAUCCGACACCUCAGCCAUGUUUUGAAAAAUCCAAAGUUUGUUCAACUAUAUCGAGCCCACCUGGUCUAUGUAACAUUUAUAAUAAUAAACCUCAUCGGCCGUUGCAAAGAACUGAAUCUCUAAUACCAAAUACCCCACAAUGGAAAACAAACUAUCACCCUAAACUUUCACCUCAAUCUUCUGGUUCUUCCUCGGACAGCAAAGAGUCGAGACAUACGUCGUUCCUAGACCAACAAUAUCAAAUUUGGUUAAGGCAUUUGAGACUAAAAAAAUACGAAAACAUCUUUCAGGACAUGACGUAUGACGAGAUGUUGAAUACAAAGAGUGAAUGGCUAUUAUCACAACGUGUUACAAACGGAGCUGCCAACAAGAUACUUUCAAAUAUUCAAAAACUUAAAGAUAGAUUAAAUAUAUUGAAUAAAUUACAAAGUAAAACUAUUGAAGAAGGAAGCAUCAAGGAUAUUUUAUCAGAAUUGAAAUCAAUUAUAUAUUCACCAAGUAAACCAUACGAUGGAAUGCCAGCAUCUUCGUCGGAUGAGGAGGAUAUAAUCAGUCAGACUAUUGCAGUUUUUGAAAAAGUCAGCUCAUGGUUGCUCACGAAUAAUUCAGAUGUAGAAAAUUCUACUACUUUACAGCGACUUGUUGACCAUAUAAGCACAUAUAAAACCUUAACUGAACAACAGCAAAGCCAAUUGAUAUGUUUGAAGGAUAAAAUGAUAAUAUUAAAAAGACAUAACUUGUUCAAAAAGUUUUCAAAACGUUCCCCAUCUUACAAUAAAUAAAAACAGUCAUCUAAAUUAUCAAUAACAUUGUAUAUUUUGUAUAUUUUUACUGUUUUGUCUUUAUUUUUUGGCAAUAUUUUAAUCAUUAAAUGGCAAAAUUACCGAAUUUAAUUAUGUAUCUUUAUCUUCCAAAUGAAAGAAAACUUUAUCAUUAUCCAUAGCUAUCACACUAUGUGUAUCGUUGUAGAGAAAACUUACUUUAGCUAUAGAAUAAAAUUUAUCCUCUCUCUGUCCUAUUUUUUCUCGUGCCCUCACUAAAUAAUGACUAACACUUUGAGCAAGCACGAAGCACGUACUAUGGUAUAUAAAAG